GUUGGGAGCACAGUCUUUUUCAGAUGUAGAAAAGGUUAUCAUAUUCAGGGAUCUACCACCCGUUCUUGUCUUGCUAACUUAACGUGGAGUGGCAUACAGUCUGAAUGCAUUCCUCAUGCUUGCAGGCAGCCAGAGACACCAGCACAUGUAGAUGUGAAAGCAAUAGAUCUUCCUACUUUAGGGUAUACUUUGGUGUAUACCUGUCAGCCAGGAUUUUUUCUUGCCGGUGGAUCAGAGCAUCGGACAUGUAAACCAGAUAUGAAAUGGACAGGAAAAUCACCUAUUUGUAAAAUUCCUUCAGACGUGUUUUUUAUAAAUUCACUGUGGAAAGGGUUUUACGAAUAUUUAGGAAAAAGACAGCCUGCUACUCUGACUGUUGAUUGGUUCAAUACCACAAGCAGCAAAGUGAAUGCCACAUUCACUGAGGCAUCCAACAUACAGCUCAAACUAUCAGGUGUUUACAAGAAAGAAGAAGCCCAUUUGCUCUUGAAAGUUUUUCAGAUUAAAGGACCUAGUGAAAUUUUUGUAAGCAAGUUUGAAAAUGACAACUGGGCACUAGAUGGUUAUGUAUCCUCAGGGUUUGAAAGAGGGGGUUUUACCUAUCAAGGCGAUAUACAUGGAAAAGAUUUUGGAAAAUUUAUGCUCCAAAGACAAGGUCCUUUAAGUGCGGACACAGACCUUUCAAAUCACUAUUACGGUACAAACAGCAGUUCUGUUGCAGCUGCCAUCCUGGUACCAUUCUUUGCUCUAAUACUAUCAGGGUUUGCAUUUUACCUCUACAAACACAGAACAAGACCAAAAGUACAGUACAAUGGGUAUGCUGGACAUGAAAACAGUAAUGGACAGGCUUCAUUUGAAAAUCCCAUGUAUGACACAAACUUAAAACCCACAGAGGCAAAGGCUGUGAG